CCAGGCCUCCUCUGCUGUCAACCUGGAUUAUGUAGAGUGGAAUAAAGUUAGAUCUGUGAGUGUUAGAGAGAUAUCUAAAGUCAUCAAAGAAAGAGGGAUGAACAACAAACUUGCUCAAUGGAACAAGAAGUGCCUUGAUCGUAUAGCUGGCGAGCGAAAAGGCAUUGACCUGGAGUGGUUAAGAACUGCUGAAUCUGACAAAGCAAAGAAUUACUUGAUGAGUAUUCAAGGUUUGGGAUUAAAAAGUGUAGAAUUCGAACGACUUUUGACUUUAAGGCAUCUGGCAUUUCCAGUAAGACCUUAUCACCUUUACAAUGUAAAACCUCAAUGUAGUUCACAAGUUCUAUCGACGUGCCCUGAUUUGUUUCUUGAAAAGGUUGACACCAACGUUGUUCGGAUAGUAGUUCGCCUAGGAUGGGUUCCCAUUGAAUUACUACCAGAGGGAAUUCAGAUGCAUCUUCUGAAAAAGGAAGGACCAUUUACCAAUUAGUUAAUACAUAAAAUUACCGUAAACCAUAGCAGAAUGCUGAUGUUGUUCUCAUUUCAGAUCCGUAAGGCGAACUCCAUUAAUGAAUAUCUAUGGCCAAUAUUGGAGGACACCUUUGAUCAUGAAACAAUGUAAUUUCACUUUUUGCAGAAAAAAUUUCCUCAUUAGUGGAUUUGUGCUAGGCUCCAAAGGAUUUCUCAUUGACUAAAAGAUCAGCUAGAACUCCAUACUAAUUUGAUGAAUUGUGUAAUGCAGGUACGAACUACAUUAACUGAUUACCUUUGGAAAAGUAUGCUUCCGCAACUUUAAAUGCAUGUUCCAGUAUCACAUUUUCCUCAAGUAUAUUUUUUCAUCAAUG